AUGUCAGGAGUGAGCCGUAGAGCAGUUAUAACUGAUCCGAACGGUGUGUAUGAAGGUGAAGUAAAUGAGAAGGGACUUAAACAUGGUACUGGAGUAUACAAAGUUAAUACUGGUGACACUUAUGAAGGUGAGUAUGCAAAUGGGUUGAAGAGUGGCUAUGGUAUAUAUACAUGGGCUAAUGGAGAUAAGUUCGAGGGUCAUUAUAAGGAUGACAUAAAAUGGGGCCAUGGAAUAUAUAGAUGGUCAAACGGCGAGGUAUUUGAAGGCGAGUAUGUUCGUGGAGUUAAGUGUGGUCAUGGUGUUUACACAUGGCCAAAUGGAGACAGAUUUGAAGGUGAGUAUAAGGAUGGUGUAAAGGAGGGUUAUGGUGUAUACAAACUAGCAACUGGACGUAUAUAUGAAGGUCAGUAUUCUCGAGAUAUGCGUAAUGGACAAGGUACUUCACGUUAUACAGAUGGAUCAGUUUAUACUGGUGAAUGGUUAGAUGGCAAGGAACAUGGCCAGGGAUUAUUGAAAUUUAGUGAUAGUAGUUCUUAUGAAGGGGACUUCCAGAAUGGUGCUCCUAAUGGUCAAGGGAAGUAUACUUACUCUAAUGGGAAUUUCUAUGUAGGAGGAUUUAAGAAUGGACUUACAGAUGGUCCUGGAUCUUUGACAUUUGCAGAUGAUAGUCGCAUUUUAAAGGCUAAUUGGAGGGAUGGUCAAGUAGAAGGGGAUGCUACAAUUAUUUAUCCAGAUGGUGGGAAGUAUACUGGAGAAGUUGUGAAUGGAAUAAGGCAAGGUAGAGGAUGUAUGGUAGAGUCAAAUGGAGAAGUUUUUGAAGGUGAAUACUUUAGAGAUGUAAGGCAUGGUGAAGGUACUUUAACAGUUAAUGGAAAGGCAAAGAGAGUUAAGUAUAGUAUGGGUAAGAAAGUAGGUUUAUGUUCAUGUUAA